GAAGAUGAGAGAGAGAGAGUCGCGAGACUCCGCUCAAGAGAGGAGAGAGAAGUCUCUGCGAUUUUUAUUUUUUGUUUUCCCUCUGUUCAACUAGUCUGGCGGCUAUCAUCUCCUUCGAAGCGAUCGCGCUUGGAGUUCGUUGAAGUACAGAGCUUCUUCAUCGAGUCUCCACUUAUUUCGUCGACUUUCUUCUCCUUCGAGGUUAGUUCUUCUGUUUCCGAGCUUUCGCGGGCUAAAACCAUGAGAAUUUCAUGAAUCCAGGGGAUCUUCUUGAAACCCUAGCUCUUUGAUUUGAUUUUUACAGGAAUCGACUCUUUUUUGGGAAUCCCGACUGAGACGAGUUGAAUCCAAAUGAUUUUUUUAAAAUCUGGUCUAAAUCGGUUUUCGAGGUCCUUUUUCAUGAAAACCGAGUGUUUUCUUUUUUUUCCCUUAAACUUAGAGAUUCUUCUAGAUAAAAUUGGAAGAUUUGAGCUUGCGAAUCGAACUGGUGUGGUUGAAUUUCCUUCUAGUGAGAAUCUGUUGUUUGAAAUUCGGUUUUCGAGGUCCUUUUUCAUGAAAACCGAGUGUUUUCUUUUUUUUUCCCUUAAACUUUGAGAUUCUUCUAGAUAAAAUUGGAAGAUUUGAGCUUGCGAAUCGAACUGGUGUGGUUGAAUUUCCUUCUAGUGAGAAUCUGUUGUUUGAAAUUCGGAGAGAAUCUGUGGAUUUUGCAGAUUUUCUCGUGAUGUUUUUUUCCUGAGUUCCACUCGUGAAAGUAAAAAGAUUUUUUUUUUUUCUUGAACUGCAUUCUUUUGGUCUUUUGUUAAACAUUGAAAACAUGUCUUUCUGAAAUAGCUUUUUUGCUCAGAAAGCCAUGAUUCUUGGCAACUUGGACAAAUCUGGAGGAGUUUCGAAAUUCUUUUGAUUGCUCGGUUGAAUUUCACUACGCCGAUAUUCGGCUACUGUUGCUGGAGUUAUGUGCAUGAGCAGAUAGCAAUUUGUUCUGUGCUUCUGAAUUCUGGUAUCCAAAAUGUCGACUGAUAUGCUUGUGAAUGCUUCGCUUGUUCCGGUUUCGGAAGUCCUUAGUAAGAUUAUCGAGGAGAUCUAUGAGACCAUUAAGGCUGCCCACGAUGUUCUCAUUGAGAAGGAGAGCUUCGCAAUGCUCUCUAGUUACUUGGAUAGGAUUGUUCCUGUCCUAGAAGAGCUGAAGAACAUCCAGAGUUCCGAGAGCUUGAAAAACGUCGUGGAGAUCCUUGGAAAAGAGAUAAAAGUUGCGAAGCAGCUAACUCAGGAGUGCAACAAGAGAAACAGGCUCUACCUGUUAGUCAAUUGUAGGAAAAUUGUCAAACGCUUACAGCUCACGACAAGAGAGAUCAGCCGAGCGCUGAGCCUUAUCCCUUUGGCUUCGUUGGAUCUUCCGUUGAGCAUAAAUGAGGAAAUUGGUAGGCUUUGUGAUAAUAUGCAGACGGUUGAGUUUCAGGCAGCUGCUGCGGAGGAAGAGGUGUUGGAGAGGAUUGAAUCAGGAAUUCAGGAGAGGAAUGCUGACCGUUCUUAUGCGAAUAGUUUGAUGGUCCUCAUUGCACAGGCUGUUGGAAUCUCGAACGAUCAGUCAGCAUUGAAGAGGGAACUCGACGAAUUCAAGAACGAAAUAGCGGAUGCACAGAUUAGAAAGGACCAGCAAGAGGCUAUUCAAAUGGAUCAGAUUAUUGCAUUGCUCGGAAGGGCAGAUGCGGCUCUGUCUCCUGAAGAGAAAGAGAAGAAAUAUUACAGCAAGCGGAAUUCUUUAGGAAAUCAACCAUUGGAACCCCUUCAAUCAUUUUACUGUCCGAUUACCCGCGAUGUUAUGUUCGAACCAGUGGAGACUUCAUCUGGUCAGACAUUUGAGAGAAGCGCCAUAGAGAAGUGGUUUGCGGAUGGGAAUACCACCUGCCCGUUGACCAUGACUUCCUUGAAUAGCAAAAUUCUAAGGCCUAACAUUACUCUUCGGAAAUCGAUUGAAGAAUGGAAGGAUAGAAACGCAAUGAUUACAAUCGCUUCCAUGAAGCCUAAGCUCAGCUCAGGUGAUGAGCAAGAAGUUCUUCAGUGCUUGAGCCAGCUUCAGGAUCUUUGCAAAGAAAGAGACUUGCAUCGAGAAUGGGUAGCAUUGGAGAAUUACAUACCAAUACUUGUUGGCUUUCUUGGCGGAAGCAAUCGUCAGAUGAGGAGUCAUGCUUUGUCCAUCCUUUGCUUAUUGGCUAAGGAUAGUGACGACAAUAAGAAAAGAAUUGCUGAAGUGGAUAAUGCCAUUGACUUCAUUGUCCGUUCUCUUGCAAAGCAUAUCAGUGAAAGUAAACUGGCAGUGGCUUUAUUGUUGGAACUAUCAAAAAAUGACAUGGUCUCCAACAAUAUUGGGAAGGUACAGGGUUGCAUACUCCUUCUGGUGACAAUAAAAAACAGUGAUGAUGCUCAAGCUACGAAAGAUGCAAAGGAGGUUUUGGAGAACCUCUCAUUCCUUGAUCAGAAUGUUGUACAGAUGGCGAAGGCAAAUUAUUUCAAACCUUUGCUGCAGCGGCUUUCUUCAGGAUCAAAUGCUUCGAAAAUGAUCAUGGCAAAGGCUUUGUCUGAAAUGGAGUUGACUGAUCACAGCAAGGCCACUCUGUUUGACGAUGGGGUGCUAGAGCCGCUUCUUCAAUUGAUCUUCGAAGGUGAUGCGGAGGUGAAGCAGGUGGCUGUUAAAGCUCUUCAGAACCUCUCAAGCUUACCCAGAAAUGGCUUGCUGAUGAUUAGAAAAGGGGCAGUAGGUCAGCUUCUUAGCCUCCUCCACUACUUUACAUCGUCUCAAACUUUGAGAGAACAGGUGGCAGCUACCAUCAUGAACCUUGCCAUGUCAGCCACGUCUCCAGAAGCUGGUGAGACACCAGUGACAUUGCUGGAAUCUGAUGAUGACAUCUAUAAACUCUUCUCCUUAAUUAGCUUGACUGGCCCUGAUGUACAACGAAGCAUUCUCCGAACCUUUCAUGCUAUGUGCCAACAACCCUCAGCAACGGACAUGAGGGCUAAGCUAAGACAGUGUUCAGCAGUUCACGUUUUGGUUCCAUUAUGUGAGCACAAUAACUUAGACAUUCGGGCAAAUGCCGUGAAGCUGUUCUUUUGCUUGACGGUAGAUAGUGACGACGGCACAUUAUCAGAGCAUGUUAAUCAGAAGUGUGUGGAGACUUUACUCAUGAUAAUUAAGACUUCUGGUGAUGAGGAAGAGAAAACUGCUGCAAUGGGAAUCAUCUCUAACCUCCCUCCAGACCAUACUGAGAUCACUCAGUUCCUUCUAGAUGCUGGGGCUCUUCCCAUCGUCAUUGGAUUUCUCACUGAUGGAAACCACAAUGGCUCAUCUAGAAAUCAGCUAAUAGAGAAUGCUGCUGGAGUUUUAUGCCGUUUCACCGUAUCGUCAAAUCCCGAGUGGCAGAGGAGAGCAGCCAGCGCCGGCAUUAUCCCAGUGCUGGUCCACUUGCUGUCAUCUGGCACUGCCUUGACAAAGCGCAAUGCUGCCAUUUCGCUGGCUCAACUUUCUGAUAGUUCUUUAGGCCUGAGCAGGCGAGUAGAGCAACGCCGGGGCUUCUUGUGCUGCUCACCUCCACCUGAACCUGGCUGCCCGGUGCACUUGGGCAUGUGUACGGUCGAGUCGUCAUUUUGCCUUCUGGAAGCCAAUGCAGUGGAACCACUGGUGAGGGUGCUUGGAGAGCUGGAUGUUGGAGCCAGCAAGGCUGCUUUACGUGCGCUAUCGACACUGAUCGAAGCUGAAAGGCUGCAGGAUGGCAGUAAGGUGAUCUCUGAGGCGAAAGGAAUUGCAGCGAUCAUAAAGCUACUGACCUCCCCUUCUGCCGACUUGCAGGAGAAGGCUCUUCAUGUUCUAGAGAGGAUUUUCCGGCUGGAGGAGCACAAGCGCAAGUAUGGAGCUUCGGCUCAGAUGCCUUUAGUUGACAUAACUCAGAGAGGAACCAGUACUAUGAAACCACUGGCGGCCAAAAUACUUGCUCACUUGAAUGUGCUUCACGAUCAGUCUUCUUAUUUCUAAUGGUGGUGGGAGUACCAUCUUUGGCUGGAUUUGAAUUGAAUGGGGAAUUGCACAUUGACAAAGUUUAGCAUGCAAAGAAGCUGAUGAUGCACAGCUUGAUUCUUUGAAUAACUCACGAACUUCCGAACCUAAUAUCAUUUGCCAUUGGUGAAGUGAACAUAGGUCAUCCUUAUCAAAAUGAUGAGUUGCUUCGACCUCAGAAGGCUCAGAGAGAAGAGUCGUAUGAAGCUUGCAUUCCCUAUCGUCUUCCUCUUAUUGUGUAUACCACAAACCUAUGUGACUUCUUCUGGAUUUCCUCAUCUUUAUAGCAGGGAAGGGCAAGCAUAGGCUCUGACAUCUGAAGAAGUGGAGCUAAGAUGACUUUAAUCUCUCAGAAAUAAGUUUUUCAAAUCCUCAUUCACGGAAAGGCUGAUUGGAUUUUGGCCCUCUUCUCAAAGGGGAUCAAGAAUGCGGAUUCGGGUGGCAUUGAGUUCUUAGCUGGAUAUGCUUAAAGGGGCAUGGAAAAUUGUCGGAUGUUUGUAAGUAGACAUGGAGGUAGAUUCUGCAUUUUAUUGGACAGGAACAUGAUUUAUUUGUAUGGAAGGUGAUUCAUCCCUGGGUAUCAAUGAGCGUUUCCUAUCAUUUCUCUGCUGAUCUGGGCAUAUUGAAGCUGAAGGAAAUCAGAAAGACGCAGCAGUGUAUUUGAAUUUCUCCAACUCGGAUGUCAAUGUUCUUCUCUUCUUUUGUAUUUAAUUCAUUCCUUUUCCUCUUGAAAUGAAAUCUAUCAUUCCAGAACAGGAUGAUUUUUGGGUUGGUUUGGAGCUCUCACUGAUUCCUCCAAUUAGUCAUAUGACAAACAGUGUAAACACCUCUGGCUUCUCUGGAUUUCUACAAUUCAGAUCUAACUGACAUUUGUUUUGA